AUGGGGAAGAAAGAGAGAAUUGGGAACAUAUUUUCUGGUAGUGUGGACAAAGUAAAAGCAGAUUUAACAUCUCUAGAAUCCAAACUUAAAGAAUUUAAAUACAUGCAAAACCAUCACGAGAAAGGAACUGUAGAUAUAAAAGAAGAUGUUUUUAGUUUGGAGAAAUACAUUAAACAACAAUUUGCAGAACUGCACCAGUUUCUCCUAGACAAGGAACAACAACUCAUCCAGCAGCUGAAGAAUGCCGAAGCAAAUACUCUGAAACGGAUGGAAGGAAAUCUCGAGUGCAUUAAACAAGAGAUCGUUACCUACCUUGUGACAGACUCUGAUGGCAACUUGGAGGACAAGAUUAAAGGAGAGGACAGCCUGAAAAUAAUGGAAGAAAAUGUUAAAUCUGUUGAAAAUGAUGCUGUGUCCAUUAAGGGCAUUAGUCACAGCAACAUGGAGAUCAGACAACAGGAACCUGUUGGUUUGCUAACAGAAGAUGUUUUUAAUUUGGAGAAAUACAUUAAACAACAAUUUGCAGAAUUGCACCAGUUUCUCCUAGACAAGGAACAACAACUCAUCCAGCAGCUGAAGAAUGAUGAAGCAAAUACUCUAAAACGGAUGGAAGGAAAUCUCGAGUGCAUUAAACAAGAGAUCGUUACCUACCUUGUGACAGACUCUGAUGGCAACUUGGAGCUCAAGAUUAAAGAAGAGGACAGCCUGAAAAUAAUGGAAGAAAAUGUUAAAUCUGUUGAAAAUGAUGCUGUGGCCAUUAAGGGCAAAGUGGAAUAA